ACGCUUCCAAUUGCUGCCCAGUUCUCUCGAUGAUCGCGCUCUCGGACAAAAAGUGAAAAGACUGUGACUCUACCUGACUUACCGUGUGAUCGUGCUGUGAUCUAAGACACCCCCUCUCACCACCCCCUGUGCCGCCUUGAAUGUGUUUCGCUGCCCGCUCCAGUGACAAUCCCGCGAUUCGCGCCACAAAGUCUGCCCAGGAGUCGCUCGCCGUUUUCCUCUUCGACAUUUGCCAAGAUUGUUUAACGAUGCCUUCGCUGCCUCAAGGGGCUUUCGCCGCCUGCAAGGUUGGCCAGAAGAUGAACAGCGAGAAGGAAUCUGCGGUGAUGAGGCGUUCUGCGCUGUUCGGCCAGGACAAGCAGCACUACAGCAACAACAAGAAGCUGAUGGAAUACACGCCAGCCAAGUACAAUGGCAAGAUGAUGAUGAGUAUUUGGGGAUUGUACAAUAAGUACUCGCCGCACAACAUCAAGAAUGUCUCCGACGCUGAUGAGGCGUGGAAAGUGGCUCCUGAGCAGGGAAAAUACUUCACUGCUCAGAAUGUGAAUGACACCCGGAGCUCCUUCUGGGACGCCACUGCCACUUUUCCACGCCAUUGAGGAGGAAAAUCCGGCAUAGUUGUUCUCCUGAUGUAGAAUUUUCAGUGAGAAAUAAAUAUAUCAUGCCAGAACCGUUGCCGUUUUACUGCCAAAUGACGCAAUUAACUGCCGCCUGUAUCACUUGUCUUGGCUUGUUUACGCCCCAACAUCCUCUUAUCACCACCAAGGCGAGCAUUGAUUCUGGAUUUUUGUAGAAAAAUCUCACUUUUCAAUUAAUUCACUACAUUGACGGUUACUUUUCUUCACUGGCCAUUCAAAAAUUCAAGCACGAUUGGAAUUCCCGCAUGGCGGCGCUGGGUGCCAUUGUUGCCAGAUUGAAGAAGUGCAGAAAAAGCUCAAUUCAGUGAAAGUUUAUUCAGUGGUUUUCUCGUGAUAAAAUGCCCUUUUGCCGGAAAGGAGCAAUUAGCGGAGUGCAGUGAGGUCGUCCGCAGGAUGCCUUCCUAGUGGGGCGACGAAGGGAGUCAAG